GCUUGUUAACAACACUGAUUAUGACAGCAACCGAAUCCGCAAUCUGACGGAUUAUUCUCGCACUCACAUAAUGUAGUAUUUCAGUAGAAAUACUUAAAGGAAUCGAAUUUGUCAGUGACACAAAAAUUGAAGGCAGCUUUAUCAUAUGAGGUAAAUGUGGAGAUGAAAUAUGAGUGAAAUCAAACUUAUUAAAGAUGCGGAGUCCUUGUCCACAUCCACUGAUUUGAAUAUGUAUUUAGAGAACUCAAUGGAUGUAGUACGAACGAACAUUGGGACCAAACACAUUGUAAAAAAACUGGACGAUGAUGAGAAGUUAGGCCUGUUAAAUGUGCGGGCUUUCUUCUUCCUUAUACUCUGGUAUAUAUUCAGUGCCUUCACAUUGUUCUUAAACAAGUAUAUUCUAACAUCACUGAAAGGAGAUCCAGCAGUCCUAGGUGCCAUGCAGAUGGUGAUGACCACAAUAUUUGGGUUUCUACAGAUGUAUCUACCAUUGGGGUUUUAUAAACCUGUGGUGAGAGAGGGUAAACCUUCUCAUUUCUGGAAAAACAUGAUAUUAGUUGGUUGUAUGAGAUUUUCAACAGUAGUUCUAGGGCUGAUAGCAUUAAAGUUUGUAGCAGUAUCAUUUACAGAGACAGUUAAAAGUUCAGCACCAUUAUUUACAUGUUUUAUUUCGUAUGCUUUGAUUGGAGAGUAUACUGGGAUGUACACAUUUAUGUCGCUCAUUCCCAUAAUGAGUGGGUUGGCCCUGUGUUCUGCAUAUGAACUUAGUUUUAAUAUUAAAGGCUUUAUUGCAGCCCUAGCUACCAAUUUAACUGAAUGUUUACAGAAUGUUUAUUCUAAAGUGCUAAUUAGUGGUGAUAAAUAUAGAUAUACACCAGCAGAAUUACAGUUUUACACUAGUUUAUCAUCGAUAGCUGUACAAAUUCCAGCCUGUUACUUCAUGAUAGAUAUGAGUUCUGCUAGUAAAACAUUUGAUAUUACUAUGAUCUCAGCGUACAUUAUUAACGGAAUUUGUUUUCACUUUCAAAGUAUUUCAGCUUAUGUUUUAAUGAGCUACAUAUCACCUGUAACUCACAGUGUUGCCAACACAGUUAAAAGAGCAUUCCUUAUUUGGAUAUCAGUAAUAUUAUUUGGCAAUCCAGUAACAUUCUUAAGUGGACUAGGAACUGUAAUUGUUACCAUUGGUGUUCUCUUGUAUACCAAGGCUAAAGAGGUGGACCAUAAUAGGAGGGAACUUAUACAGAGUUAUCCGAGGCUGGGAGAAACUAAAGAUGUUUGAUUGUAAAUUUUACUUAGUAGUUAUUUUUCAAAUGGAGACAUUUAUUCUUUGUACAAUUUUUUUUAUUAGUUAUGAAUAAAAUAAUGUGGUUGGUAAAUUUUGUAUUAUUUUUGGGAUAAAAUUCAAGAAAAUUUGUACAAGGAAUGGUCUGAAUAUACAUUACAUAUUGUUGAAAUAAUUUUGUUGUAUGAUUUAGGGUAGAAAAUCAAUUAAUUUAACAUUUCUUAGUCUGCUUAAUAACAAAUUGUAUAAAAUAGGGAGAUGUGAAUUAUUACUUUAUACUAAUUUCAUUUACUUGCAUAGAAUUAAUUCCUAAAUAUCAUAUUUUACAUACAUUUUAUGUUUAGAGGUAUUGAAUCAAUUAAUAAAAAGUGGCAACUAACAGAUAACUUAUAAUAUGUCUUUAUAAACAUGAUAAAUGACACUUUUUCUAACAGCCAUUUUAUGUUGAAUGUGGGCCCUCAUGGGGUUUUUGAUUAUGUGAUUACUUGGCCGUUUUUUUAAUGAUUAUUUGAUUAUUAAGCCAAAUAUUUCAUGAUUAUUUGAUUACCUAGGACUGUAUUUUUAGUUUAUGAUUAUUUGAUUACUAAAGAUAAGCAAAUAUUUAAUGAUUAUGUGAUUAUAUUGGCAAAAAAAUGGUGAUUAUGUGAUUACUAGGACCCCCCAUGAGGGGCCUCUUGAAUUUAUGAUGAAUUUUGUUUGAAACAUUUAACUACAUUUUGACAUCUUGUUCCACGAAAUAGUUUUAUUUGGAUCAUGUCACUAAAAAGGAAAACUGAAUGCUGACAGACAAUAUCUGCAUUUGGUUGUGUAUUCAAAGAUUUUUAUAAAUUAUGAGGGAGAUAUAAACAUAGUAUUAAGUGACUGCCUUGGGAUCCUCAUCUUCUGGGUAUAUUCACUUAUAAACCUUUGACUUUUGCCCAAAAGAAGAAAUAGGGGCAUUGUUUUUUCUUAUUAAAAGAGAGGCAUGAGAAACUUAGAAAAAAACAACUUGUUAAAUUUGUGCUUUAUAUGAUAGAAUGAUGUUUCAUUACUGUAAAUACCACAGGUUAAUGUUCAUGCACAUAACAUGCAAUUUUUCAUAGAAUCAAAAUAGAUACAGAACCACAACCCAAUUGGUCUUUUGCAGAAAAAAUGGCUUGAACAUUUAAAGGAAAUAUCUAAUUAAAAAUUUAUGCAUGUUGGGGUCAAACAAAAAGUGCCUGGAUCGUGCCUGCCGACACAUUCUGAAAUAAAAUACAAGAAGAUUUCUCUCAAAAAAUAAAAAUAAAUGCCAAAAAGCCAAACAAUUUAAUUUUCUGUUUCAUGAUUUACUUAUUGCUAUUUUAUAUUGUUCAGUUGCUUCCCAGAAUGACAAGAUAUUUCCAUAUCUAUACAUCUAUACAUCUUCAAGCAUUUUUGUAACAACCUUUU